AUGGCAAAUAACAGCGUCAAGGAAUUGUCCGCGUCUGGACGCUCGCAGGUUCACGUUGGCGACAACUACAUUUCGAGCUCGGAAGACGGCAAAUGCAUGAUUGACCUGCGAGGCACCGACCCACGCCGGGACAAAGAUCGCAUUGAAGAACUCAAAGGCGGCUUACUGGCAAAGCUCUGCGACUGGAUCUUCGCCGAUGCGUGCUUUACCCAAUGGCGGAAUCCCGAGAGCAACCGUCUCCUCUGGAUCAAAGGAGACUCCGGAAAAGGGAAAACCAUGCUGGUGUGCAGUAUCAUCAACUGGCUUCGGACUAACGAAAAGGCGACGUUGGCAUACUUCUUUUGUCAGAAGUCAGAUGAGAAUCUAAGUUCCUCCGCUGCAGUUCUCCGGGGACUUGUCUACAUGUUGGCCAGAGAACACGACACCAUUCGAGAACUUGUGCAGGAUGAGUAUAAGAACGCAGGAAGGAGUUUAUUCUGGGAUCGCAAUGCCUGGUACGCGCUAAAGGAAAUCCUAAACACAGCUCUCCAACGGGAGGGCCUGGGAGACAUCGUCAUCAUCGUUGAUGCUCUUGAUGAAUGCGUGACUGGCAUCCAUCAGCUCCUGGAUCUCGUCAUCAGACUCUCCUCCAAGACGUCACGGGUGAGAUGGAUCGUCUCCAGCCGGAACGAACCAGAGAUCGAACAGCAUUUCGACGAGUUUAUGGAUGAUCCUAUCCUACGCAUUGAGCUCGGCACUAGCUCCGAGGCAGCUAGUUUUCGCACCUAUCUGCAGUCCAAGGUCGAUGAACUGGCAGAGUCCCAGGAUUACGACAAAGAGACAAAAAUGGCCGUCAAACUUCAUCUGGAACGGAAUGCCAACGCCAAUCUUCACUGGGUGACGCUCGCGUGUCAGACACUGGAGCGAGCUGAAAGGGGCCAGGCGAUCGACACAGUCCAUCAAUUUCCUCCGGGUCUAGAUCGCUUGUAUCUUUACCUAUUCCGCCAGAUCCUCGAGUCUUUUGGACAUAGACCAUGUCAAAAAGUGCUCGCUUUUGCAGCAGUCGUCAGCCGUCCGGUCUCGGUAGCCGAGUUUUCAUGUCUGGCUGGCAUUGAGGAAAACGAGACGGCGCAGCUUGUGGGCAUCUGUCACACGUUUCUCACUUUGCAAAACGAAACUAUCUACUUUGUUCAUCAGUCAGCCAAGGACUUUCUUUUAUCCUCUUCAGCUUCCAUCGAGGUCAUGCCCACACACCGCGAGAUCAUCGACAGAUCAUUACAAGCGAUGAGGUUAGCACUGGAACGCGACAUUUACAAAUUGAAGCGGCCAGGUGUCUCCAUAAACGAAUUUGUCGUACCUCAGCCAGAUCCGCUUGCUUCAAUUCACUACAGUUGCGUCUUUUGGGUUGAUCAUCUAAUCACAUUGGCUUCAGAAAGUCAUGAAGCCGUAUCAGAACUUCUCGCCGACGGAGGUCCUCUUGAUCUCUUUCUGAGACAGAGCUUCCUCAACUGGGUUGAGGCCCUUUCUCUUUUACAGAGUUUCCCGACUGGUGUCCAUUCAAUUGCAAGAUUAUCAUUACUAUUAGAACAAGAUGUCGCCAAGCCAAUUCUGCUAUCCAAACUUGUGGAGGAUGCACUCCGAUUUAUGAGAUUUCAUCAAGUAGGGAUAGAGAACUACCCGCUUCAGGUCUACUCUGGUGCCCUCAUCUUCAGCCCCAGAAAUAGUCUCAUUAGGCAGAUAUUCCAGAACGAGGAGCCGAGAGACAUGGUUAUUAAACCGCAUACUGGAGAUUAUUGGAGUUCAGUUGUCUCGUCUUUUGAGGGUCAUGACGCCAAUGUUCUAGCCAUGUCCUCAAGCAGCGGUCCCGACGGAACUAUUGUGGCCUCUGCAUCAGCGGACGGAACAAUAAAGGUCUGGGAUGCAACUACCGGAGAGUGUUUCCAUACUUUCACCGUUCCCUGCGAGGGUAAAUUUCCGUUUAACGUCUUCAACGACCCCGAACUGGAGAGUAUUCUCUUAUCCUUCCCCGAGGGCAGUCCUGACAAACUCCUUUCAGCCUCAGGCUCGACAGUUUCCGUCUGGAAUCUCAUCACGGGCCGGUGCGAAGGAGUGUUGGAACAUCCGUCCGAGGUCUCGGUUGUCGCCCUCUCUUUUUACAACGGUACCAAAAGCGAGUGUGUCACACUAUCUACUGACUGGACCGUCACUGUCUGGGAUUUGAAGGCACGCAAGGCUAUCAGGAAAAUGGACAUUGGGUCAGAAGCCACUCGUGAGGACACACUGGGACCCCACUCCUUUGCAAGAUUUGCAAGUGGGAACCGCGGAGAAGGUCGGAUUCUCAUUCAACCUCGCUCAUUAGGAUUCCUCCUCAUACGGGUUGGACCCCUAGCAGUCUGGGAUCUGGACACGGGCAAAUGCCUUCGGUUAUUCGAGGACAACAGCACCAUGUCCGGCAUAUAUCUUUACCCACCGCCGGGGAUUGGGCGUUCUAGGUCUGACAUAGCAUUCUCGCCCAACGGAACAUUGGUGGCCACAAGUGGCAUGACUGGCCGUAUCAGAGUCUGGAGUGUCGCCACUGGAGAGUGCAUUCACACUCUCGUACCAAAAGAUGGGAUCUCCUUCCCCGGCCCGCUUAGUCUUGCAUUUACCAGGACAUCUGCCCAGCUGAUCUGGAUAGGCUGGGAGAUAUCGCAUGGUUUGCUAGGGGUUUGCAGUAUUGAUACUGGGAAAAGUUCGCUCAUGAUUCAGGUCACCGGUUCUUUCCGUUCGACUCUGCGGGUGUUGGAAGGCUCAAACAAUAUCGCUAUUGCCGACGGUCAGAUGAUCAACGUUAUUGAUACAUUUUCUGAGAGAAGCGAGAUGCCCACCGGUACAGCAGCCAGCCAGGAUGUGAUAAUAUCAGAGAACGAAAGAUAUGUGGCAUAUUUCACCCGGGGUAAUACUGUCCGGGUUCAUGAUCUGAGUGUACCAACGCUUCUCAGAGAGAAAACGCUAAGCAGCUGCCCAGACCACAUUAUCUUCGACGACUCGCAACUGUGCACGGUUUCCUUGAAUGGUGGUUUCAGAGGAAAUGAUGUUUCCCCAUGUCAAUGCUUGCCUGGUCUCCAGGAGCCUGGGCCAAUACCUCGCCACAAUUACCAGAUUGUGGGACGUUGGAUUCUCAGAGAUUCAAAAAAGCACAUAUGGCUUCCUUCCAGAUAUCGCCCUAUAAACCAAUGGUGUAAGGAUGUCCAGGGAUCGACGUUGGCUUUGCGCUGGGAUCCGAGCAACGUCUACCAUUUGAGGUUUUCAAAUGACCCAGAAGAUAGUCAGCCUUGA